AUGCAUUCCUUCAACAUUCUCCUUUCCUCUUCUCUCUUCGCCUUGACCCAGGCUCACUCGGUCAUCCUCGGUGCUCAGGGUCUCGAUACUUCUCCCAACAGUAUCGGAUUCCAAGUCGAUCCCGAAAUUGCUCGCAACUGCAUCACCAUCAACCCUUGCCAACAAGAUGCCACCAUCAUCCGCGAUGCCGAGAUCACUGCCAACAUUGUGAACCAGUGUGGUCGUACUGAGAUCUCUGGAAACAUCGACGUCGGCGAGAACACCGAGAAUGCUCUCGCUGCCAACCAGGUUACUCAGGUUGAGGCUGGUGGUGAGCUCACUGUCACCAUCCACCAAGUCAACGCCGAUGGUGCUGGUCCCUAUGUCUGCGAUCUGGACGAGAGCAGUAACACAAACACCAACAUCCAGAACCUGACCGUCACCAACAACGUCCCCGGAACAAAUGGUCUCUCACAAGUCAAGACACAGGCCUUCAACAUCACAGUCAAGAUGCCUGAUGACCUCAACUGCUUCGGUGCCUCCACCGGAAACAUCUGCACUGUCCGAUGCCGCAACAACGCUCUUGCUGGUCCCUUCGGUGGUUGCUUUGCCGUCCAGCAGGCCGACACUGACAAGAAGACCAACUCUCCUCAGAGCAUCAAGACAACACAGACCUUCAACGGUAUCAACGCUCAGAUCCUGCAGAACCAGAAGGAUUUCCCGGACGCUGUAGCUGCCAACGAGAACGCCACUUCUGAUGAGGCUGCUCAGAACAAGGCUGCUGUCGAUGCUCUUCUCGGUGCUACCGUUGUGACAUCGGCUUUCGCAACCGAGACUCCUAGUGUUGCCCUUGGUCGACCUCCUGCUGCUACUGCUGACCCUAACCAGGGUAACGAUGGCAAGGUUGGUGACAACAACGGUGGUGACAACAACGGUGGUAACAACAACGAUAACAACAAUGACAACAACAACGGAGGCAACAACGGAGGCAACAAUGGUGGAAACGGCGGUAACAAUGGCGGUAACAAUGGCGGUAACGGUGGUGGCAAUGAUCAAGGAAACAACGACAACAACCGAGGUGGUAACGGUGGAAACGGAGGAAACGGAGGCAACCCCUUCGGUGGUAACCGAGGCGGCAAUGGUGGUAACCCAUUUGGCGGUAACGGUGGCAACCCUUUCGGAGGUAACGGACAGAAGGCCAAACGUGGUUUCAGCAACCGUCGCUGGUCCAAGCGAACUGUCUUCUAA